GAGCGCCCCGGGUCCGCCCGCUGGCGCGCGCCUGGCAGUUCAGUCCCUAUCCGCGGUCUCUGCUGCUUCCUUCUUCUCUCCCCGCCUCUCGGCCUCCUCACCUACUCUGCCGGAGCUGGAGCGGAGCCGGAGCCGCAGAGACGUGGAAACAUGGAGGCCUAGCCGGCUUGCGCCACCCCGGUCUGCGACGCGACCGCGCUCCCCUAACGCCCUCUGCCCGCCGCCCGCCUGCAGUGCGUGGGGCUGGACGCGGAGCCCCCGCAGGCUGAGACAGGUUGCCCUGUGGGAAUGCAGGUGUAAAGACAAGUUUCUACCACAUUAGAAGAUGGGGUCAAAUAGCAGCAGGAUCAGUGAUCUUCCUAAAAAUGAGUAUUUAAAAAAGUUGUCAGGCACAGAAUCUGUCUCUGAGAAUGACCCAUUCUGGAAUCAGCUUCUGUCAUUUUCUUUCCCUGCACCGACUAGCAGCACUGAGUUGAAACUCUUGGAAGAGGCAACCAUUUCAGUCUGCAAGUCUUUAGUUGAAAACAAUCCUCGAACAGGAAAUCUUGCUGCACUAAUUAAGGUCUUCCUUUCUAGAACCAAAGAACUCAAACUUUCAGCAGAAUGUCAGAACCACAUCUUCAUUUGGCAGACACAUAAUGCUUUGUUUAUUAUUUGCUGUUUGCUGAAAAUAUUUAUCUGUGAGAUGUCAGAGGAGGAGUUACAACUUCAUUUUACUUAUGAAGAGAAAUCUCCUGGCAGUUAUAGUUCAGAUUCAGAAGAUCUUUUGGAAGAACUGCUCUGCUGUUUAAUGCAGUUAAUCACUGAUAUUCCACUCUUAGAUAUAACAUAUGAAAUAUCAGUGGAGGCUAUAUCAACAAUGGUUGUUUUCCUUUCCUGCCAACUCUUCCACAAAGAAGUUUUGCGACAGAGCAUCAGUCACAAGUAUUUAAUGCGAGGUCCAUGUCUUCCAUACACCAGCAAACUUGUGAAAACCUUAUUAUAUAACUUUAUCAGACAAGAAAAGCCACCACCUCUAGGAUCCCAUGUUUUCCCUCAGCAGUCGGAUGGAGGAGGACUGCUUUAUGGACUGGCAUCAGGAGUAGCAACUGGACUCUGGACUGUCUUCACACUCGGUGGUGUGGGCAGCAAAGCAGCUGCCUCUCCAGAGCUUCCCUCUCCUCUCGCCAACCAGAGUCUCCUGCUUCUGCUGGUGUUGGCUAACCUGACAGAUGCUCCAGACGCACCAAAUCCCUACAGACAGGCCAUUAUGUCUUUUAAGAACACGCAAGAUAGCAGUUCAUUCCCCUCGUCGAUUCCACAUGCCUUCCAGAUUAACUUUAAUAGCUUAUACACAGCUCUGUGUGAACAGCAGACGUCUGACCAAGCAACGCUUCUCUUGUACACGCUGCUCCAUCAGAAUAGUAAUGUCAGAACAUACAUGCUGGCUCGCACGGACAUGGAGAAUCUUGUUUUACCAAUUCUUGAGAUUCUGUAUCACGUUGAAGAAAGAAAUUCACACCAUGUAUAUAUGGCCCUUAUAAUAUUGCUGAUCCUUACAGAAGAUGAUGGCUUCAAUAGGUCCAUUCAUGAAGUGAUAUUAAAAAAUAUUACUUGGUAUUCAGAACGGGUUUUAACUGAAAUUUCACUGGGGAGUCUCCUGAUUCUAGUUGUAAUAAGAACCAUUCAAUACAACAUGACAAGGACGAGAGACAAGUACCUUCAUACAAAUUGUUUGGCAGCUUUAGCAAAUAUGUCGGCACAGUUUCGUUCUCUCCAUCAGUAUGCUGCCCAGAGGAUUAUCAGUUAUACCUGCCGCCACUUGCGGAGAUAUGUUUAUGUGUUGGACAAACUGUAUUUCCCCCACUCUCACUGUUCUACGCUUCAGCAUUGCUUCUCGGCCCUCAGUGACAAUGGAGAGGAGCUCUUGUCUUUAACUUGCUCUCACAUUCUCAGAUCCUAUGCUGCCAGUUUGUUUUCUUUGCUAUCUAAAAAACAUAACAAAGUUCUGGAACAAGCCACACAGUCCUUGAGAGGUUCAGUGAGUUCCAGUGAUGUUCCUCCACCAGAUUAUGCACAGGACCUCAAUGUCAUUGAAGAAGUGAUUCGAAUGAUGUUAGAAAUUAUCAAUUCUUGCCUGACAAAUUCUCUUCACCACAACCCAAACUUGGUGUAUGCACUGCUCUACAAACGGGAUCUCUUUGAACAGUUUCAAACUCAUCCUUCAUUUGAGGAUAUAAUGCAAAAUAUUGAUCUGGUGAUCACCUUCUUUAGCUCAAGGUUGUUACAAGCUGGAGCUGAGCUGUCAGUGGAACGGGUCUUGGAAAUCAUUAAGCAAGGGGUUGUUGCACUGCCCAAAGACAGACUAAAGAGUCAGGUGAGAAAGAGUGCAAAAGGGCUGUCUGCACACAGAAGAUCUGACAGGUCCAGUCAAAGGCCUGGAGCUCAGUGUAGUGUCCCGAGUGAGUGCAUAUCAGGAGUCCGAAGGGUCUGCAUUGGAGGCUGAAGGGUCUUUGCUGGAAGCCAGGAGACAACAUCAAAGCUGAAGGUGAAGACUGAAGAUCCUCCAAAGAAACAGAAGUGAGCUUUCCUUCUUAAUUUCUCCUUUAUUCCAUUCAGCAACCACAAGCAACCCUCAAAUGUCUUCUAUCUUUAGUAAAUCCCCUCAGCCACACUGAGAACUAUGCUGAUCCAAUUUAGUUGGGCAUUUCUUAAUUCAAGCUGACCCAGUUAACUAUCACACCAAUAAAGAUACAUUUUGCACCACAGUUCAGUACGCACAUUUAUAUAUAACUGAAACAAAAAUUUUAUAAAACAAUACUUAUAAAUGUGAUGGGUUCUGAUAUUUUCUUUUUUAAUUGCUCAUAAGGCAAUUAAAUUUUUUUAAUAAUCCACUGUUAUUUAGUGACUCAGUUAAAAAAUUUGUAAAUCAGUGGCUUUCAAAAUGUGAUGCUUAUACCAGAAUCAUCAGCAUCUCCUGAGGACUGGUUAGAAAUACAGGUUCUUAGGCCUCACCCUAGAAGACAUGGGCCUGGAACCCAGCAAAAAGGCCCUGUACUUUGCAGUGGGAACCUAUUCUUUAACAAGCAUCCACUUGCAUGCUCUAGUUGGAGAAAGCCAGCACCAGAGAGUUCCUCCACUCACGCCUGUGCUCUCCACCCUUAGAACCUUGGCCUGGGUCACUCUCCCUCCAGGUAUCUGAAUGCCUUGCUCCUGCACCACCUUCCAGUCUACUCAUUGAGGCCUCCCCUGGCCUCCCCAUUUGAAUCCCAGCACUCUCAAUUUGCCUAACCCUGCUAUACUUUUUCUUCUUCCACAGCACUACUCACCUAACAUGCUGAAUAAUUAUUACCAUCCUGCCAGAUGGUAUAAGCUCCAGGAGGGCAGGAUUUAUUUGUAUGUUUUGUUCAUUGAGGCCUCUGAAGCAUAGCUUAAUGAUCCUAAGCAUUUUAAUAUUUGCUGCAUGGGAGGGAAGAAAAAAUGGACCUGUUGACCUGAGUGAUGGCCUGAAGUGCUGCUUCAAGAAAACAUUCUUUGGGGCUGGGGAUUUAGCUCAGUGGCACCAUGCCUGCCUUACAAGGUCCUGAGUUCGAUACCUGGUACCCAAAAAAAACCCUAUUCUUUGGAGAACAGCUCUCCAUAGAUCUUGAAAGUUCAACUUCCAGUCCAAAAUGUGAUAGAGAAGCCAGAUUACCACUGGAGGCAUUGCCAUUAUUGAAAUACCAUACCUACUUAAAUGUCUAAUAUUAUUUCAUAUUCAUGCAUUCUUAUAAAGCUCCAAAACCCCAAUGUGAAGACCUCUACUUUAGUACUCCUCAUCAGUAAGGCAGUUCCUUUGUAAAUUGACCUUAGUAGUUUCUCAGGAUUCUCUUCUUGGCUGUUCACUGCAGGGAUUUCAUUAUAAUCCAGAUAGUGAAUAUUCUGAUUUCUGUUUAUUAUAUUAAAUUUGUAUGGAAUUAAUAUGAGAAAAUGAAAAAAUGGAAACAAAGUAUAAAUAGGGCGGGAUGGAAGGGUUG